AUGCAAGAUUUUCCUGAUGCAUGGCACAAUAUAAACUAUGUUUCUUUGAAUAUGUCUGUGCAAGGCCACAACCUCCUGCAACAGUAUGCAAAGCAGAAUUCAAUUGUGGCACAAAAUUCACAGGAGUUUAUCUUCGAGAUUGUGAACCUUACCUCCAGCAUGGCAGUUCUUCGAGAUUGUGAGCCUCACUUCCAGCAUUGUGGUUACGAGUCUUCUAGCCUGAAGAAGACGCUGUAUUUGACUCUCAGCUUCGAGAUUGCAAGCCUCACUUCCAGCAUUGUGGUUAAGACGCUGUAUUUCAUACUCAGCUUCGAGAUUGUGAGCCUCACUUCCGGCAUUGUGGGUGCAAGUCUUCUAGCCUAA